AAGCCAUCCAGAAAAGCAAACGAAUUCAACAAGAGUCAUGGACAGCUACGCGGUUCCGGCAAUCCAGACGCGUGACUCGAUUGAGGACGUUUGGGGCCCGCGCACGCCCUACAGAGACGAAUGGCCUACAAGGGUCGACCUCGCAUGCGAUGAGGAACCCGAGAAUUGGGUCCAGAGCGCCUGUGUGCUUUGCAGGUGUGUCGUACGAUUUCCGUUCGCGUGCUACUAGUCACCCCUGAAGGCCAUUACUCAACAUCAAAUGCAUAAUGCAUACAGCAACUGCUGCGGGCUAGAUAUUGGCGUCAAGAACGGCAAGGUCGUCGGCGUCAGGGGGAGGGCAACCGACCGUGUGAACAAGGGUCGUUUAGGGCCCAAAGGGCUACAUGGGUGGAAGGCCAUCCACAGCCCGGACCGUCUGAAGUAUCCUCUGGUCCGAAGAAAUGGACGUUUGGAGCGAGCAUCGUGGGAUGAGGCCAUGAAUCUGAUCGUUGCCAAAUCCAAGGAGCUCCAGAACCAUCUCACCAACCACAGCAUCGCUUUCUAUACUUCGGGCCAGCUGUUUCUCGAGGAGUACUACGCCCUGGCCCUGGUCGGGAAGGCAGGUCUUCACACGCUCCAUAUGGACGGAAAUACCAGACUUUGUACGGCCACGGCGGCAGCUUCGAUGCGCGAGUCCUUUGGCUCCGACGGACAGCCGGGCUCCUACGCCGAUAUUGACUACACCGAAUGCCUGUUUCUGGUGGGCCACAACAUGGCGGCGACACAGACAGUCCUGUGGUCGCGGGUCUUGGAUCGUUUGGCCGGGCCCAAUCCGCCCCAACUCGUCGUGGUAGACCCCAGACUCUCAGAGACGGCCCGAAAGGCAACUCUCCAUCUAGCCCCUCGUGUGGGCACUAACCUCGCCUUGCUGAAUGGCAUCCAAUAUCUCAUGUUCAAAAACGACUGGAUCGACCAUGACUAUGUGUCUAAGCACGUUGUCGGUCUCGAGGGGCUGAAAGCUACCGUUUCCGACUACAACCCGAAGACGGUCGAACACAUCACCGGCGUACCGGCCGAGGAGCUUGAGAAGGCGGCCCGGAUCAUCGGGACAUCUAAAAGCUUACUCUCGACUGCUCUGCAGGGGGUCUAUCAGUCGAACCAAGCCACUGCCAGUGCUUGCCAGAUCAACAACAUCAAUCUACUGCGCGGCAUGAUUGGCAAGCCCGGCUGCGGCAUCUUGCAGAUGAACGGCCAGCCCACGGCCCAAAACAACCGUGAGGCGGGUUGCGACGGGGAAUUCCCCGGCUUUCGCAACCACAAGAACCCCAACCACAUCGCCGAUCUAGCACGCUUGUGGAACAUUGAGCCCAUUCAAGUGCCGCACUGGAACGAGCCUACCCACGUGCAGAACCUUCUCAACUACAUCGAAAGCGGCUCCGUCAGAAUGUUCUGGAUUAGCGGCACGAACCCUCUCGUCAGCUUGCCAAACCUGCCCCGUGUCCGCGACCUGCUGACCCGGCCAGAACUCUUCGUCGUGUGCCAGGACAUUUAUCUGACCGAGACGGCGGCCAUUGCCGACGUGGUUCUUCCAGCUGCUCAAUGGGCAGAAAAGACUGGUUGCUUCACGAAUGCCGACCGCACCGUCCACAUCUCGCACAAGGCCGUGGACCCUCCCGGCGAGGCCAAGUCGGACUUGGAUAUCUUUCUCGACUAUGCCAGGAGGAUGGGAUUCAAGGAUAAAGACGGCAAGGAUCUUCUCCCAUGGACAAAGCCAGAGGAGGUGUUCGAGGCCUGGAAGAAGCUGUCGGCCGGAAGGCCGUGCGACUACACGGGCCUGAGUUAUGAGCUCCUCACCGGCGGGUCCGGGAUACAGUGGCCGUGCAACGCCGAGCAUCCGCGGGGUAAAGAGCGGCUGUAUACCGACGGCGUCUUCUUCACCGACAUCGACUACUGCGAGAGCUUCGGCCACGACCUGGAGACCGGGGCACCGCUCAGCAAAGCCCAGUUCGAGGCCAUGAACCCUGCUGGACGCGCCAUUUUGAAGGCCUGCCACUACUUGCCACCGAUGGACGAGCCAGACGAAGAGUUCCCGCUCCGGUUGUCGACUGGACGGAAAAUUCACCAAUUCCACACUCGCACAAAGACUGGUCGGACAGCGCUGCAGAAGGCCUGUCCCGAGCCCGAGGUCCGCAUCUCGGAGACAGACGCAGCCAGGUUUGGCGUCUCGGACGGGGAGAUGGUGGUGGUGCGAUCCCGAAAGGGAGCAGUUGAGCUGAAGUGCCGAGUCGGCCGCAUUGCCGAAGGGCAGGUAUUUAUCCCCUUUCACUUCGGAUACUGGGAUUCGCACGACGGCCGAGCCCGAGCGGCCAACGAGCUUACAUUUGAUCGGUGGGAUCCCGUCUCCAAACAACCCCUGUUCAAGUCGGGCGCGGUUUGUAUUGAGAAGAUAACGCAGCCGGACCAGCAUGAUGCGGCAGAGGCUGCACACGUCCGAAUUCCAGAGCAGCAAUCCGUAACGCUUUCAAAGGUCGCAACCCAGGACGCUGUCAAAGCUGCGACCGCCACAGAGGACCUGACCAUUCGCCAGCGCAAACUCGAUGUUUGGCUAGGCGAGACAUACGAAGGUGCCCUCGCGCUCCUCGGGAUCUACGAGACGCUGAUCCCCUCCAUCGUCCACGACCCGGAAAUCGAGAGCGGCCUGCGGGUGAUGCACCGCCUCGCCGACGACAUGCGGGCCAAGCUCGAGCCGCAGCUGGCAAAGUACGAGAACAAGGACAAGAAAAAGGAGGAAAGGGGCGGAAACGAGGUCGACGAGCACGGCCAUCAUAGUAUGCGGCGCGCACACGCCCUCCGUGACGCCUUGUUCCCAUGUUCCGACAACAACGACGGCGACGAUGGCAACAAUGAGACCACACCCGGGCCGCGGAGAACUCAGUAUCAGGUGCUCGAGACGCUGCAGGCGCUGGUCGUAUUCCUGGCCCAUAUCCAGUCCAUGGUUGCGGCGCUGGUGCCCACGGCGCAGGCGCUCUGGGACGAGGGUUUUGUCGAGGCGGUCGAGAGCGCCCAGACGUGUCUGUCGCGCAUGCGGGCGUGGGCGGCGCACCUUGUGGAGAUGAGGGGUCCGCAGACUCUUUUGGUGCCGUUUUAGCUUCCAUCACCCCGAGACCUGUUAGCAGUUCUACUACUUGGGUACACAAAGCACAAACCACCCGGUCUGCUCGUUCAUUACCUUCAGUUACUACCUACAGUUCAACCCUUGUUUGUUUGUUAGCGCAAGACUCUGACAGCGGUCCUUGUCCAGAAAUUAGAGAAAUGCUUCUCAGCAGCCAGAACGGUUAACUCAAUGCAAGAAAAAAGAGUAUCCAGCAUUAUUCAAGAGGACUAUUUUCUUUAGAGCCUUUUUUUCGUGAGAAAACUGACUGUUUUGCUGUUGAAAUUGAAAUCUUAGGGCUGAUCCUGGUGUUGAAGUCAGGCGCUAACGAACAAACAAGAGGGGGGGACUGUAUCUAGCUGCUACUUAUUUAUUGGUUGCCCGUGAAAUUCGAGCAAUUGUUUUUUGGG